GCUUCAGUUUGUCCCGCCGAUAGCCAGCCAUUUUGGUAGUUCUAUGUGGCGUUUAUAGAUUUGAUUCUGAAAGAAUUAUUGAUGUGUGUAUACUUUGUGUAAAAAAUCGUUGCGUGUAUUGCGGGAAGUUCAAGUUUCGGAUUAUUUGGUGGUAGGUUGUCUCAAUUUAAUGAAAACAUGAUUUAUGUAGAUUGAUCGAUUGUUCUGAUGGGUUUGUGAGCAUUCAUACCUAUUGUAGCCGUACUUCACCGUAUACCUGAGGUUAUGGAGUUGAUGUUUCUGGAUAGUAAAGUGUAAUUUUUACACUUUUUACACUAGUAGAUCAUAGUGAUACAAUAUAAACUUGUAAUUAUAUCUUCUCUACGAAACAUUUUUGAAAGGGAGUUGUGUUCUGGUCCUGAAAGUCUACUGUCUAUGGUGAUGUCUUACCCAGGGCGACCGCCAAUGGUUCCUGGGUUACCACCCAUGCCACCUACCAUGGUGCCUUACAUGUCUAUAGGAGGACCACCUCCACUAAUGCCUACUGUUAUGCCAAUGCCUCCCCACAUGUUGGCUGGUCCAAUGCCUCCUAUGCCUGGACCUCCCAUGCGUCCUUAUCGGCCACAUCCACACAUGGCACAUCACCAAGCUCCUCCAACAAGUACCGCAAAUACUACAAACAAUGCUGCUAGACCCAAUUCAUUUAGUAAAAGACAACAGGUUGAACCAUCUGGACCACCUGUGACUGUGUUUGUUGGAAACAUAACAGAAAGAGCCCCAGAUGCAAUGAUUAGACAUAUUCUUGCUGCAUGUGGACAUGUUGUAUCUUGGAAAAGAGUUCAAGCUUUUGGUUUUUGUGAAUUUGGAAACCCAGAGUCAGGCCUGCGUGCAAUUAGAUUGUUGCAUGAUAUGGAGAUUGGAAACAAGAAAUUGGUUGUAAAAGUGGAUGCCAAAACCAAAACUGUAUUAGAUGAAUAUAAAGCUGACCGAAGAAGAAAACUUAGAGGACGUUCACCAUUACAAGAUGAAGUUGUUGACGAAGAUGAUUAUAUGGAUGAGACCAUGAAACAAGCUGACAAGGCAACAAUGGAUCGCAUUAUAUCAACAAUGGAAGACUAUGAGACUGACAUGAACAAUUACGCUGCUCAGCUUCUAGAUGAUGUGGAUAUAGAAGAGGGAAAACGUGACCUCAUCACACGAGAAAUUGGAAAAUUUCGAGAGAUCAUGAAGAAACAAGAGGAGGAAAAGGAGGUUGAAAGGAGACGUCGUGAGCAGCAAGACCGUGAAGAGCGUGAUAGACGAGAGAGGCGAGCAGCAGAAGGAGCUAGUACAGGACAGUCAACUGCGAGAUCCAGACGAUCACGGACGCGCAGUCGUUCAAGAUCGCCUCAUUCAAGAGAUCAAUCACGUUCCGCAUCUCCUGAUGGAUCAUCUUAUUCAAACAAAACACGAGGCAAAUCUCGGGAUCAACGGCGGCGAUCACAUUCUCGGGAGAGGGAAAGAGAGCGAGAGAGGGAACGAGAACGUGAACGUGAACGUGAGAGAGAAAGAGAAAGGGAGAGGGAAAGAGAGAGAGAAAGGGAGAGAGAAAGGGAAAGAGAGAGAGAAGAUCAACAACGGAAAUCAGAACGUGAUCUGGCUCGAGAACGAGAGGAAGAGGAGGAAGCAAAGGAACGUAAAAAGAUGGAUCGUCGUGCACGAGAGAAAGAAGCUGCUUAUCAAGAACGCCUUCGUAACUGGGAGAGUCGGGAACGUCGAAAAGCCAAGGAAAGAGAAAAGGAAAAGGAGAGGGAGAGAUUGAAGGAGGAAGAACGAGAAAGAGAAGCAAAAAGACUAAAGGAAUUUUUGGAGGAUUAUGAUGAUGAAAGGGAUGAUCUCAAAUAUUACAAAGGAAGAGAGCUUCAGCGGCGUUUAGCAGAGCGUGAAAAAGAGAUUGAAUUAGAUGGUCGUGAUCGCCAGCGCGAACGUGAAGAACUGGAAGAGCUCAAAGCAAAGAUUUUUGCUGAGGAACACGAUGAUCCAACUGCAGAAUUUGAACGGAUGAAGCAGCAAAGAGAAGAAAUGUAUAAACCUAAAAUUCUCAUUAACGUGGGAGCUGAAAUGGAAAGUGGAAGGCAUAGGACUGUACGUGAAAAAGAACAGGAAGUGCAUAUCAUAGAACCUGAUCCAUCUGAAGAAGAGCAACCUGUGAUAAUUAGUGCUAAUAUUAGGGAACCAAGUCAACCACCUCUUGAUCCAUCAUCACCACCUCCCCAAGAACCAGAACACAGUCAAGAGAGUGACGAUGAUGAUGAUGAUCAUCGGGAUGCUGACGAUGAUGCAAAUAGUUUCUCAGGUAGUCCAGCUCCUGUGCAGAUUCCUCCUGCUGAAGUUCCAGAAGAAGACACUCAGAUGUCUGCUACAUCCAGUGGACUGGAUGACAGAAUUGGUGGUUCAAAGGCAUGGAGUUCUCCUGCUCAAUUAACUCCCCAGCUGUCUGUUCCUUCUACUCCAGCAAAUCAACAAAACUCCACAGCACCAUUGGCAAAUGCCAAUGCAACAACUACAUCAGAUGCUACAUCCAUCUCAGGUGCAUCAGUUACCUCCACAUCAGGCACAACUGGCCCUGCAGGAACUGCAUCAGGUGUUACACCAACAAAGAAGAAAAAAUUAGAUGUUAAGGAAGUAUUCAAUACUGAUGAUGAUGAUGACAGCAAUUUAGGUCCUGGUAAAAGAAGAAAGCUUGUGCCCCUUGAUUAUGGAGAAGAUAAAAAGAAAAAAGAAGAAAAGAAGGAAGAAGUAACAAAAUCACAGGAGGAGAAACGAAAGCACAUCAAAACAUUAAUUGAUAAAAUACCUACUGAUAAAACGGCCCUAUUUGCAUUCCAGCUGGAUUGGUCAGCUGUUGAUAACCAAUUAAUGGAAAGGCGAAUACGUCCCUGGAUAAACAAGAAGAUAAUAGAAUAUAUAGGUGAACCAGAACCCACUCUAGUAGACUUCAUCUGUUCCAAGGUGUUAGCUGGAAGUGCUCCUCAAGGCAUUUUAGAUGAUGUACAGAUGGUUUUGGAUGAAGAAGCAGAAGUGUUUGUAGUAAAAAUGUGGAGGUUACUGAUAUAUGAAAUUGAAGCAAAGAAAUUAGGAUUAGUGAAAUAAACUAUGGUUGAAAAUCCCUGAACAUCUUUGGUGUGGAAGACUUCAAUAGGAUUUGCCUGAAAUUAUGCAAGAAAAUGUGCUUACGAAAGUAAUAUAAGUGGUGUGCAACAGGCUGUCACCGUCUCAGAACAAGAAGACUAAUGUGAUUUUGCGUGUUGAAAAAUCAUUUAAAACGUUUAAGAAAUAUGUGCUGCGUGUGCACUUGACAGUGUUAACUUGUGGCAUUGUACAGAUAUGUGUUAUUUUCCUUGGACAAUUCUUCUAAAAACUAUUAUUUUUGUACAUAGACGAGUUAUUUGAAGAUAAUGCAAGUGAUAUUUAUGGCUGGAAACUUAAAGGCAGCAAUCUUUUAGUUUCAUGUUUGACAAAUAAAUUUUGAAUCAAGUUGUAUGAUGAAUUUUUGAAAAUGUUUUGUGCACAACAACAAUGCUUUUGCUUCUUUAAGCAAAAGAAAUGAAUAAACAAAAUAAUUAUUCUUUGAUGUUUUAAAAAAGUACUUUCAAAGUAUAAGACUCAGCUGCAUUGUACAGUAUUUUGUUAAAAUAUAGAGGUGUACUAUUCGAUAUAGUUCAACUCUACAGGUGUACAUUCUUGCUUUUCAUUUAGACAUUACCAUACCAUGUAUCAAUGGAAAGGCAUGUAUUGCAGAACUGUUAUAUCAUUCAUGAAAACUGAAGUAUGGAAAUUAAAUUUAACUUUUUUGUUUAUUUUUCAAUCUUUAUUCAUUUGAGAUUACAAAUCAAUAACAUUACUCCUUAUUCUUUAAUAUUGUGCUAUUGAAGCACUGUUGUUUGGUUACAGAAUUUGUAGUGAACAUACAUCAAUACUAUUGAAUGCAAGGAUAUGAAACAUUUGGUUCAUGUAUAGUACAUAUGUUUGUUUUCAAUUUUUGUGUUCACAAUCAUAGCUGUAGUUUUUGUUGCAGAAAUGAUGAUCAGUUAAAGAUGACACUGGGAAACAGAAGAAAUUGUAUAUUUUUUUAAGAAAAUGCAUUCAUAAAUAUAUUUUAGUUAAAUUGGAAGUUAAUACUAAGUUAGAUUUAAAUUUAGGGAAGUAAGAUUUCAUGCAUUAUAAACAGUAUCAUUUGAAGGUCAUAUAUAAAGAAAUCAAGGAUUUUUUUAUGGCUACUAUUAGUUUGCUCAAGUAUUGUUUCAAUCUUUCUGGCGUUUCUUGUUAAACUCCUUAUUACAAAAAUGAUGUGUACUGAAAGAAAAAUAUAUAUCUUCUGACACUAUAAUAAUUCUGUAUGGAAAGAGAAUGAGUGCUGAAUAAUUUAAAAGGCAUGCAUCAAUGUAUUUAUAUAUUGGGUAGGGCCAGGCAAUUCUGGGCACAUACUAGGAUCAGCUUAUGAUUGCAAAUGUUAUACAGCCUUCUUUGUGCUUCAUUAUGCACAAGUAUGUCAUUGGUCUUGGGCUAUAUGCAGAAUGAAAGCAAUGGGUUGCAUUUAAUUUGACUGAUCUUAAUUUUAAAGGUAAAUGUCUGAAAAACAAUGGUGUCUCACGUGCAUACAUGGGCCAAGAAAAAUAAUAUAUUUUUUAGUAUAUCUCAUUAUUUUUAAAUAUGUAGACCAUGCAAAAAUAAGGGGUUGGCAUAUUGGUAAAAUUGGGAAUUUCAGGAAACUUUAUAUUCGCUGGAAAAGUUGUUGAUUUUUGUUUUCAUUUCCAUGGAAAAAUUAUUUUCAAAGUAACUAAAAUAAGAAAUUGUCAUAAUUUAGGCAGUGAAUGGAAAAGGACAUAAAUUGCUGUUCUGCAAAAAUUGCUUUCAACAUUUUUGUUGGAUGAAUAAUGAAAUAUGGAAUUGCAUCAUAAGUACCUUACUCUUGAAAAGGUCAUUAAUACCGUAUUAUACUCAAGUUUGCCAGUGCAAACACAUUGUAAGAUUUGUUACAGAAAGUGAAUGGGGCAGACAGUCUGGUAUGAAUCCAUAUGGUAUUAUUAAAGACUGCAGCGAUCUAGUCAAACAACAGAUAGCUUUGCACUGCAGAACAGACUGUACCUUGCAGAACUGCAUGCAGAUGGUGACUUUUUUUUGAGAAUUCACCAAUAUUUCCUUUAUCCUAAUAAGUUGCAUUCAGAUAGUGGUUUCCAUUGAUAUAUUUGGUUUCUCGUGAUUAAGCAAAUUUUUCAUACCUUUCUCUAGACAUUUUGAAAUGAAUGAAGAAAAGAUCACAAAGGAAUUGAGUUCUAUGUAGUGUAAAUAAACUCUCUUCUCAUUAAUUGCAUGCUCCCAAGCCAUUUCACACUUUUCUUCAUUUGACUGAGCUUACUGACGCCACAUUUUCAAGGGAAUUGGUGAAAUCUUUUAAAACAUAUAAAAAUAUUAAAAGAAAAUGCACUAAUUCUUUCCUCUACUUGUGUGCUGAUAAUUCCUCAUGAUCUGUUCACAAGUCUCUAAUAGUGCUCUAUUUGCCUCAACCUUAAAGAAGAUUAAAAGUAUGUUCAAAAAUUCAAAGAAAGAUGAAAAAUUCAAUGUUUUCUCUUCCUUUUUUUCUUUUCCCUUUAAGAUUUGUAUUAAGU